AUGGGCCAAAGUUCAUCUUUUCCUCCAAAGAGGCUGCUGGUCAGCUUACAGAUGGCUUUGUGUGGGUCUAGAGCACACCAUGGUUCUGCUGGUGGCAGCCAGGGUCAUUUGGUACAGACUGUGGCAUCUUGGGAAGCAGGAUGCCUGGCCCUCCACAUCCCCUUUCAUUUCAAAGCUGCUGCCACAGUGAGUAAAAGGGAACUAAGCACAUUGCUGACCCAGGUGUUCUCAGACCUGCCCGUGGAAGCAGAAAUAGAAAUGAAAAUAGCAUGCUUCCAUGUAUCAAACUUGCAAAACAACCAGCAGAUGCAUGGAAAGACAGCUUCUCUGAAGAGCCCUGUGUCCUGCACAGAGAAACUAGCCAGGGUUCAGGCACCCCUGAACUCCAGUCUGCACUGGCCAGAAGGCUUGAAGAGUGAAGAGAUCAAGAAGUGUGGCCGAGAAGGGACACUACUGAGUAAAUACAACCAGCAAUACCACAAGCUGUUUAAGGACAUCCCUUUGGAGGAGGUUGUUCUCAAAGUGUGUUCCUGUGCCCUCCAGAGGGACCUUCUUCUCCAGGGCCGGCUCUACAUCUCCCCCAACUGGCUCUGUUUCCAUGCUAGCCUCUUUGGCAAGGAUAUCAAGGUGGUCAUUCCUGUGGUGUCUGUGCAAAUGAUCAAAAAACACAAGAUGGCCCGGCUCCUUCCCAAUGGCCUGGCCAUCACCACCAAUACCAGCCAAAAGUAUGUCUUUGUGUCACUGCUUUCCCGGGACAGUGUCUAUGACAUGCUGAGGAGGGUCUGCACACACCUACAGCCUUCCAGCAAGAAGAGCCUGAGUGUAAGAGAAUUUCCAGAGGAACCUGAGUGCGAGUCUCUGGAAGUCCUCAUCCCUGAGAUGAAGUGGAGAAAGGUGUGCCCUGCCUCCAGGUCCCUGUCCCUUCCAGACAACAUCCCUUGUAUCCCUCGGGCAUCCAUGGACUCCACCGACAGCUUCUUUCCCUCCAGGAAGCCUCCAGGCUCUGAGAAUGCUGUCUGUGAGAAGGAGAAACUGGAGGAGUUGCCCAGGAGCGACGGGGAGCUGAGGCUCUGGGAUUGCCAGCUCCUCAAGGUCAUCUUCGUGCUGAUCUGCUUCUUGGUCAUGUCCUCAUCGUAUCUGGCAUUCCGCAUCUCCCGGCUGGAACAGCAAUUAUGCUCCCUGAAUUGGGAUGGCCCAAUCCCUGGGCACAGGUGA